CAUCUUAAAGAAUAAACCCACUCGUCGCCAACCAUUGUACCCCUACCCUCCCUUUCUUUGUUUUCUCAUCCAAUGGUACAUGAAACUUGAAAAACGGCAUUGACAGGAGAAGAAAACCCAGAAACAGCACCAGACAAUUGACAAAAUCUACAUUUUCUAUUCACAAAAAAUGAAUUUUUUUACACGUUUUCUGGCUCCUCUAGUGAGAAACGAAGGCAAAUUGUGGCCGAUUUGCUUCAGAACAUGCGAUCAAAAUGCACUAUAUAAACCUCUUCAGCUCAUAUCCCCAUUACCACAAUCUCAUUAAUUAGAUUUCUAGCUCUUUAGUGCCCUGUUGAGGAUCAGGAAUUUGAACAUGGGUUUCAGUUACGGUUCACACGGAUUCAUUUUGAUUCUUGUAGCUGUCUCUCUAUUGGCACUUGGUGAGGCUAAAACUGUGGUUGUAGGAGGGUCUCAAGGUUGGCGUUAUGGCUUCAACUACACUGAUUGGACUCUCAAAAAUGGCCCCUUUUACAUAAAAGACACACUUGUGUUCAAGUACGACCCACCAAGCAACACCGGUGCUCAUGACGUGUACUUACUCCCAAACCUGUGGAGCUACAUAACAUGUGAUUUCAGGAGGGCAAAGUUGGUGGCAAAUGCUACGCAGGGAGGCGGCGAGGGGUUUGAGUUUGUGCUGAACCAGUGGAGGCCGCACUAUUUUGCUUGUGGCCAGGGUGCCAAUAGCUCUCACUGCAAUCAGGGGCUCAUGAAGUUCUUCGCUGUGCCGUGGCCCCGUUGGCAUUUUUGAUCCUCAUGCC